AUGCCCAGUACAUCCCACAAUGCACCAUAAUCCAACAUGGCUGCGCCCAUGCAAAAACAAACCUGGCCAAGUGAAAGUUUACUUUACGUUUGUAGUUAGAUUCUUUGGUUGUUUGUGUACUACAAAAUGGCUGGAAAGUCGUCCGGACUGGGAGCUCUGGCGUGCUACGGAAGCUCAAGUGAAGAGGAAGGACCGAGUCCGUCCAAAAGUUUGCAACAACAACAGACUGGGACUGGCGAGCUUCCGGGACCAAAACAACAACAACAUAAAGAUGUUGUUGUGACGUUACAGAACAGUAAAAGGAAACUGGAUAAUGUUGACGAACGAUUAAUACCUUUGGGUAAAGAUACAAAAAGGACUCGCACAAAAGAUCUGGAGAAGAGGGUCCAGUUGCCUUCUGUGCCGACAGACGUCCUUCAGAUGUUCUCUGACCAGCAGGCGAUUGAGGCAAAAAGAGACAACCCAGAGGAGCAUGGAGGAAGGAUACGCUCAUUUCCACAUGUUGCUGGCAACUGGGCAACACAUGUCUAUGUGUCUUUUGAGCCAGACGCAGAUUUCACAGACGGAGUGAAGCACCUGCUGGGUAGCCUGGAGGCAGAUGUGCAGCUGCAGCAGGUGCAGGACUAUCACAUCAGUCUGUCCAGAACUGUGCCUCUCACCUUCCACUGGAUACAGCCCUUCAUAGACUCACUCAGGGACGCACUCAGGCACACAGAGAGAUUCUUCUGCACAUUCCAUGGAGCAAAAGUAUACACAAAUGAUGAAAAGACAAGGUCAUUCCUGGGCCUUGAGGUCACAGGUGGUCAUAACCACCUGUUGCAGCUGGUACUAGGUGUGGACAGCUGUCUGGAGGAAUUUAGACUGCAGAAAUAUUACAAGAAUCCCUCUUUCCACAUGACUGUAGGAUGGUGUGUCGGAGAUGUUCACGAGGACACCCAACAGUUCAACCAAAAACUGCAGGCCAGCCUAGCAGAGGCCCAGGAAGAGUUCCCUUCCCUGGGAGGCUUCCUGGUGCAGGAGAUAAAGUGCAAGAGUGGGAACAGAUUCUUCUCUUUUCCACUCAGAUAACAGUUAAUGUAAACUGUAAAUUCUUUCA